GAAAUCACAGAAACUCAGCCAAAAAACCCUAGCACUGUAAGCCUACACCACCGCCGCAAGGAGUGGCAUAUUGCCGCCGUCCGUCGCACUCAAAGUUCGCCAUCCGUCCGUCUAUCUAGCUUCCCUCGUGCUCCAAGUCUUCAACCCCUGUUCGCUGUCACCGAUCGCAGCUGCUUCCUCGAGCUCGGCGUCCGUCGUCUUUGUCUGCUCAGCCGCGCUUCCGCCGCCGUUUGUUUGCCGUUCACGUUCGUCUUCGUUCAACCGUCGUCUUCGCUGGCGUUCUUCGCCGUUCACGUUCGCUCGGCGUUCACCGUUCGCGUUCACUCGCCGUUCACCGUUGGAGUUCGCAUUCGCGUUCGUCUGGAAGCCACGUUGCUCUGCUUCAAACUCCGCGACCAAUGCACUCUUUUGUCGCCGCCGAAAUUCUUUGAGGUAUGUAAGAAUUAAGAAGGAAGACUAUUUCAACGGUAUUAUUCUAUUGAUUCUGGUCUGCUACAAGCUUGAACAUAGAAUUGAAGAGAGAAACCCUUUAUUAUUUCAUCAUUGGCCUAUUUUUGGCAUUGCAUAUCGUUGUAGUUUGUUUAUUCAUAGAACUAGUUGUUUAUGAUCCCCUUUUGAAGUAAAAAAAUGCAGUAGAAGAGUGUUUAGAAUCAGUUGCUUUAUUCAUUGAAUUUUUAUAGAAUCAUGUGUUUAUUAUAAAACGAUUUUUCUGGUUGAACCGGUUGAACCAAUGAACCAGUAAUUAGAGCGGCUUGAUGAUCGGUCCAGUUUUCAGAACAUUGGUAAUUUGUGUUGAAUAAUCAAUACUUAGUUGUUAACUAUAUGUAAUUUGUGUAAGUUUGAGUUUGAUAAUUAGAAAUUUGUGUAAGUAGUGUUUUAAACUAAUUUGUUUUUUUAGUGUUAGAACAUAAUGUGUUUGUUAAUUAUGUGUGUUUUGAUUUUUCUUUUAGUCAUAAAUUUUAAUGUUUGAAUUUGUGAAUUUUUGUUGAUAAAUUAUAGACAAGUUAUUAGGCAAAAUUUUGAAUUUUAUUAAUUUAAAAGUUAUUAAAUUUAAAUAUUUAAAACUUUAUAUUGAAUUUUUAAUAUUUUUAUUUUAUAUUUAAUUAAACCGGUUUAACCAUGGUUCGAUUCCGGUUAGACCAUUAAACCAUCAAAUCAGUCACAUGACCGGUUUAAUGACCGUUUUGGUUCUUGCAACCUUGGUUAGGAUUUAAAGUUUUGUACAACAAGAAAAUUAAGGAGAAAAAAUGUUACAAGAAGGUUUGGUUAUAAUUUUCUAACACAUGAAAGAAGAUAUGGUUUAACUAGUAACAUUAUUAACGUCCAAGUCACUCACUUCGUUAAUUAUUAGUGUCAAUUUUAAUGGUAAGACCACAUCAAACCUGUUUAAAUCUUUUUGAAAGUGAAAUAGGACGUUUGAAACGUUAAUGACCAAAUUAGGAUUCGGCUCAAACGUUGGGAUCAAAAUAGUACUUUAUCCUUAUUUUUAUUACUCUUUUUCAAAUAUUGAGAAUGCAAGGUUUUGGGAUCGGGUGAUAAAACGCUGUGUUUAAGCGCAUUUCCUUUCCGGGGUGGAUCUGCACUGCACAGCUUGCUCGAAGAAGAAGAAAAUGCAGUGGUACUUUGUCGCGGUGCUCCUCACCGUUCUCACCAGUUCUCAGGGAAUAUUGACAACCCUCUCGCAAAGUAAUGGAAAGUAUAAGUAUGAUUAUGCCACUAUCCCAUUUCUUGCUGAGGUUUUCAAGCUUGCGGUGUCAAGUUUCUUUCUAUGGAGGGAAUGUAAAAAGUCACCUCUGCCAAAGAUGACAACUGAGUGGAGAACAGUGAUUCUUUACCCCAUUCCUUCAAUUAUAUAUCUGAUCCACAACAAUGUGCAGUUUGCUACCCUCACAUAUGUUGACACUUCCACCUACCAGAUAAUGGGCAAUCUAAAGAUUGUGACCACUGGAAUACUAUUCAGGUUGUUCUUAGGGAGGAAGCUUUCAACCUUGCAGUGGAUGGCGAUCGUGCUGUUGGCUGUUGGGACAACCACAAGCCAGGUUAGGGGCUGUGGAGAGGCUUCAUGUGAUUCACUAUUCUCAGCACCAAUACAGGGUUACAUGUUAGGAGUUCUGUCAGCUUGUCUCUCAGCUUUAGCUGGAAUUUAUACUGAGUUCUUGAUGAAGAAAAACAAUGAUAGCUUAUACUGGCAGAAUAUACAGUUAUACACGUUUGGUACAAUCUUCAAUAUGGCACGACUUGCUUUGGAUGAUUUUAGAGGUGGAUUUGAAAAUGGACCCUGGUGGCAACGUAUAUUCAAUGGAUACACUAUCACUACUUGGAUGGUGGUAUUAAAUCUAGGGUCUACUGGUCUUUUGGUUUCCUGGUUGAUGAAACAUGCUGACAAUAUUGUUAAGGUAUAUUCCACAUCAAUGGCAAUGCUUCUGACAAUGAUAAUAUCAAUAUUCCUAUUCAGCUUCAAACCUACGUUGCAGCUUUUCUUGGGUAUUAUUAUUUGUAUGAUGUCUCUACACAUGUAUUUUGCCCCAUCAAAUAUGCUAUUAGAUAUGCCAGUAACAGUUAAACCGGAUGAAGAGAGGGAGAAGCUUAUUGAAGUGUCUGUUGAUCGAAGAACACAUUCAUGAUGUCAUUCAAUGCUGUCUGUUGAUCGAAGAACACAUUCAUGAUGUCAUUCAAUGCUUUGGUAUCGACACAUUUAUUUGAAUUAGAAAAAUUCCCACGCGAUGCGCUGGCUAAAUACUUAUUCCAUAAUAUUGUUCGUUGUGUGUUGGAUUCUAAUAAAAAAUAGCAAAUAUAUAUUGAUACUAAAAUCUAAUUAAGUAACUACUUGUUUUUGUUCA